AUGGAACCGCCCACUCAACAAGAAACCGAGUUCCACAAGAAAACAACAGAAAUUGUGUUAAAACUUCUCCAAGAAUCGAAUCUUCCACUACAAACGAUCCAAUUGGACUGUUUUCGAGAUUUGUGUCAUCAUUUGAACCCGCUGUCUAAAGUGCCAACAGUGGAAAAACUGGUAAGUCUUUUGGCUGAUAAAAACUAAGUUUUCUCUUUUGCAUCGGAAAAAUCAACAUAACCGGACAACAACUUAACCGCACUUUACUGUCUUAUUACUUACAUUUUUUUUCAGAAAGACAACGACGAUGCGCUUUUGCUGCUUGCCGUCAAUUCCAGACGGGACGGUUGUCUGAUCUGUGCCAAAAAGGUCGGUAGCGAGGUGUUCCUCCGAAACGUCAUCGAUGCAUUCAAAGUGCUCGUCCCACACGUAUAUUUUGGAGAUAAAACGUUAGGAGAGGCAAAAAGAAGGAUCCUGGAGAUGCGCUGCUUUCGAAUGUGCAAAGUACACAUUGUCCCAGUGGUAGGAUCAUAAUUUGUGAACUGACAACUUGUACAUUUACUUUCAGUACGAGAAAAUCAUCAGACUGCAAAGCAUGAUCAAUGCGUACGACAUCAGCACGGGAGACUCGCCGCCUGGCUACAACAUUCUCCGGCAGCUCACGGUGAGAUUUCUAUUGCGGGUUUUCCGAAGGAGACUGUGGAACUUUGGUGGAUCGGCACAGAGCCAAGGAGAUGAGAGAGCUAUCAUUCCAUCAUCAUAGUUUAUUUUUGUAAAAGCGCCACCAUAUUCAUUAUAGAUCUGCUCAUCUUGAAUAGAGUUUACAGUUUGGUUCGGUCAAAAUAAUACCAAAAACACUUCUUCAGUCCUGUUUUUUUAAAACCAAUUCUGAUGAAAUUUGUUUCAGCACUUGCGAAAUCGAAGAAAUACUUCCGCAGUAAUACAACUACCGCUACUUCAACACUUCAAAAACAACUAUUUCAAACUGUUUCUGGACAGCUUCUCAAUUCAUCUGACGUUCUGGGAAAAACUCAACCUAUCAUACGAUGUGAAAGUCGAACCACCAAUGCCCGUAACAAACUCAGCCCAGGUGAGAUAUUUAACUGUUGAACAAAAACCGAAAAUAUAUAGACAAAAACGCUCCUGUGAAAUUAUGGAAAUCAAAUUAAAACGUCGUUUACAGAAUCAAAGCAACGUCAUCAAUUACCGGCCGUGCUUUAUUUGUCAUAAAAAGACAACGCCUGGCCAGAUGACCGAGAUCUCGAACAUUGAAAACGUCUUUAAAAUACUUGUGCCGACAGUGUAUUACGGACAAGUCAGCAUGAAGAAAGGAAAGGAAAUCGUGAUGGGAGAAGGACCGUAUCUGAUGUGCAUGUCGCACAUUUUUCUCUUGGUUAGCCUUAUUUCUAAAGGUUUUUACUUACAUUCCAUCAUUUUUCAGUUGAAAUUGACACUCAGUUUACAAGCGGAAAUACAAAACGUUGCCUUCAGAUGCGAUUCUAGCUUUCAACCUGGAUACGAGGCGUUGCGAGCUUUGAAGGUAAGCUGCCAGCAAUUUUUGUCUUUUGAAUAUGAAUGUACAUUGAUUUCAGGCUGCUUGCAAUUCUGCUGGACACAAGACUUCGGUGGUUCCCCGGCGGAGCUAUAUCGAGACCUACUUCAAGGGAUCUAUCAAACAGUUCGUAAGCGCUUUGGAUCGAUCGCUUCUGCAGCCACUACUCCAGGGCAAUGAUAGAGAGAAGAACAUAGAUGUACUCAAAGUGAGUCGGUUUUUUUCAAUCGGAGAAUCGGGUCUUACAACAUAUUUCUAUGUGAUUACACUGUUUUCAUUUUUUAGCCUGGCCCGGCUCAGCCCGUGAAUAGGAAACACAAAAAUCAUCGAGAAAUCAAUAUUUUUCAGUCUUCCCUCCCAUUCGAAACGUUCGAAUCGCUGUUCUGCACUCCUUCUCGUGGUUCGUCGAAUGCCCCACGCGCGUCAAUCUCAGGAAAGGACGAAGUCAAACCGAAAGUUGGUUGUCGUCUUGACCAGGGUGUCAUCAUAAAAACAGAACAAACGAAUGCGACCGAAAAUGUCGUCGAACAACUGAUGGAAGUCAAACAGGAGCGCUUCCAAUAA